AUGAAGGCAAAGCUCACCAGCACCACAGUGAACCUCGUUCUUCUGGGAUUGGCUGGGACUGGAAAGAGUGCCAGUGGAAACACCAUCCUUGGAAGGAAGCACUUUGUUUCUAAACCCAGUUCAAAUCCAGUCACCACAGAGUGUCAGGCGGAAGAAACUGAGAUAAAUGAUUUACAUGUGCGUGUGAUUGAUACGCCAGACAUGUUUGAUGAUGAAACUGAACCAUCAGUUCGGGACAAACAUGUAAAAAGGUGCAAAGAGCUCUAUGAGUCAGAACUCUGUGUGUUUGUACUUGUGAUGCAUGUGAGCAGAUUUACAGAUGGUGAGAGAGACAUACUGAAAAAGUUAGAAAACACUUUUGGGACCAAAGUGAAAGAACAAACUGUCAUCCUGUUCACCCGAGGAGACGACCUGGAGGAGGCAGACAUGACCCUGGAGGAUUUUCUUCAUUCCUGCCAACCUGGUCUGAAGGAAAUCAUUGAAAAGUGCAACAACAGGUGUGUUCUUUUUGAGAACCGCAGCUCAAGUUCAGACCAGGUGGAAAAGCUAAUGAACACAGUGAGCACGGUGUUAAAGAAAACAGCAAAGAUAGAUUAA